CAUUAUGCCGCUUUGGGUUGGACUUAAAAGUGAAACUGCCUGCUGAGAGGCCUAUGCAUCCUACGCAAGAUGGGCAAACCUCUUGCUUAUAAAUACACGCGUUUCUACAACAUCCAGUGUAAAAGCUGCAAUACUUAUCUAACAGCAGCUUGCAUAUUGCCUUCACUGCACGGUCAUUUCUUUUAGAGACAAAUAAAACAAGGGAAGAAAUCUUAAUAACUUAUCGAUCUGCAAGUACAUCAGCAGCAACAUAAAGAUAACCGCAACAGCAUCAGCAGAAGUUAAUAUUUUUAUCAACUUGCCUUAGAGGAAGAAAGAACAAGAGAUAAAAAGACACUGACUGUUGCAUGAAACGGAUUUGAAAUUCCCUAUCCUUCAAACCAACGAAAUGCAUUCUUAUGAAAUAAUUCUAAAAUUAAGUCUUGCCGUUUUGGCAUCUUCACUGCUUGUGGAAACUCAUGACUUUAAAAGCUACUCGAAUGCUGACAAAAGGUUUAGGGCGUCUGGUGACAGAAUAAAAGACCUGCUAAGAAAAAGAAAUGUUAACAGUUUCAUGGAAAUGGAAAGCCCAGAGAAUUACAUUCGCGAACUGGCUGCUAAUCGAGGAAUUGAAAUUGACUAUCCAGAACAUUUUGACAAGAGAAUUAGAGAAUUAGUCGGCAAACGAUAUCCUGAAAAUUUUGACAAAAGAAUUCGAGAAUUGGUUGGCAAACGAGGAACAGAAAUUGACUAUUCCGAUCACUUUGAUAAAAGAAUUAGAGAAUUGGUUGGCAAACGUGGGACCGAAAUAGAAUAUCCUGAUCACUUUGACAAAAGAAUUAGAGAAUUGGUUGGCAAACGAGGAAACGAUGUGGAAUAUUCUGAUCACUUUGACAAAAGAAUUAGGGAGUUGGUUGGCAAACGAGGAUCAGAAAUUGAAUUUCCUGACAAGAGAAUUCGGGAACUGAUUGGUAAACGUGGAGGUGAAAUUGAUUAUCCUGACAAGAGAAUCCGAGAAUUGAUCGGUAAACGAGGAGGCGAAGUUGAAUAUCCUGAAAAUUUUGAGAAGAGAAUUAGAGAAUUAAUUGGCAAACGAGGCACUGAAAUCGAAUUUCCAGACAAGAGAAUUAGAGAAUUAAUUGGUAAAAGAGGAACUGAAGUUGAGUAUCCUGAACAUUUUGACAAGAGAAUCAGAGAACUGGUUGGUAAACGUGGAAAUGAAGGUGAAAAUGCCGAACAUUUUGACAAGAGAAUCAGAGAAUUGGUUGGUAAAAGAAGUGUUCCAUCAAAUAUCAGUAAAAACGUCGUUAAACGAAAUGUAGAGAAAGUAGAAGGUUAAUUGGUUGCUAGGAGCAACGAAAAUUAAUGCAAAUAUUGGAAUAUUUAAAUAAGGAAAAACAAAGGUUCUACACAAUGACCGGGAGAAAGAAAACAAGUCACAUGAAGAAAAGCAAAAAAUCAUUUUUAAAAAAUGUCUAUUUCAGGAAACCAAAUUUUUCAAAAAAAAAAAAAAAAAGACAAAAUAUUUAACAUUCAUUUCAGAAUGAGAAAUCAAAGAAAUGAAAACCAGGUGAAAUGAUUUU